GGAAGGGCCCAGCACUGGCCCCGCCCCGUGAGAGGGGAGGGGCCCCGCCCCACCCAGCCCGUCUACCAGCUGCAUGGGAGGGGCCUGCCCCCCCCCGGAGCCCUCGACCCGGUGGCGGGGCAGGCGCGGCUGGCGGCUCCCGAAAAGAUGAAAACCAGUAUCAAACUGGUGGACGAGCAAAUGAACUGGUGUGACAGCGCCCUGGAGUUCCUACUGGAGCAGACGGACGUACUGGUGGUGGGAGCGCUGGGGCUGCAGGGAACUGGGAAAUCCACCGUCCUCUCCUCCCUGCUGGCGGCCAAUCAGCACCGAGGAGGAUCCCCGGUCCUUCGUGUUCCGCCCGCAGGGCCCGGAGCUGCGGGAGCGCGGGCGGGAGCCAGACGGGCGGCAUCGACUUCUUUCAUCACCCAGGAGCGCGUCGUCUUCCUCGACACCCAG